AUGCCAAAGGCCCCUGCUCCUGUUGAAGCGCUUGGGCCUGCCACACAGCCCAGUCAGGAGCCUGCUCUCAGUCCGUUGCCCCAACUAGAACCCCAAGUGCCAACAGCAGACUCCCCUGGAUCGCCUGUCCCUUCCACACAAGAACUUUGGCCCAGUCUGGACUACAGUCUGGACUACAGUCUGGACUACAGUCUGGACUACAGUCUGGACUACAGUCUGGACUACAGUCUGGACUACAGUCUGGACUACAGUCUGGACUACAGUCUGGACUACGGUCUGGAGUGUGGUCCAGACUGUGGUCCAGACAGUGGUGUGGACUGUAGUCUGGACUGGGGUCUGGACUGUGGUCUGGACUAUAAUAAUGCAUGA